CCUUGAACAGCCAUCCAUUUACCUGCAACACAAACUUACCCUGAUUUUUACCUCCAGACAUUAUCAUACAAAGCUUUCUGCCACCCUCUGACAAUCUCGCCCCGGGCGGACGUUUUUAUUUGAGCAAAACUCUCACCACGGUCACCUAUCUUGUUCCCUUUUUUUGUUCCCAAAUCUGGUUCCAGGACUUAACCCGAUAUUUGUUUGGUCUAUCCUUAAGCAAGAGGAAGGGGGAACGAGAGAGGGAGCUUUCGAUAGACACGCCAUUCCGGAUCAGUAUAGCUGAUUGAUUUCUACUGCGGUUCGGAAAGGGUCCUCCGGGUCUACGAUAUCUUUUCUCUGCUGUGUUUGUUGGGUGAUUGCUCUGGCUGCUUGCAGCAUUAUCUUUUUCCGUUCUUAGGGUUUGUAAAUACAAUCCUCCGGUACACCGCUCUCACAAACGGAGAUUUAUUUUGUUUUACACGUUAUUCUCAUCCUAAUUCCAAUUUCCUCAACCAUUUACCGGCUCAUUAAUAGAUCUGACGGAGUCUCCGUGCAGCUUCUAAGGCAAACAUGUCUGGCAUGGGGGCAACAUUUUAUCCUGGAAAGGACGAUUACAUGAUGCCAGAUGUCGCCAUCGUCUCUCCAUCUCCUCAGAGGGUUAUGCCAGAAGUUCCCGUUCAGAUUGCCGACAGCUUAGAGAAUCUAGAAUUACAAUCUCAGAACGGAAGAGCUCCUGCGGGAAACGAUGGUUAUAUGAGUAACAACAACUAUCAGGACGAUCGAAACCAUCUUAGUAGCCAACAGUCCCGGAAUAACUAUUCGGAUUCCUACGCGACCCCCCCACCUUCCUCCCAAGGUCACGGAUCUCGUUCGAUGAGUGAAGAGCGCGACAGUCGAUCGAGUUAUGGAGCUUCGUCGUACCAUUCCUCGAUAGCCGAAGACUAUCCAGGGGGGUUCCAGGCAAUCGACGAGCCUUCAUUUUCGCCGUUUCCAAAGCUCGUCAACCCUGGUCCAAAUAUUCCACCAACAGAUGAAGAGAAGGGUGACCAGAUUGAGGGAGCCCGCUUGGCGGUGCUAUCCUCAAAUGAUCCGGAAAUGCAGUUGGUAUGGGCACAGGACGCAUUGAGUUAUGUUGAAGUUUGCAUGAACUAUCUUACUCGGAUCGCAGAACCUCCUGGAACUCGACCGCAAACACCCACAGUUGAGCACCAAAUCAAAGCAGACGCUUUGAGUGUCGUGACAUUUUUGGCUGACCAACACCAUCCACGGGCAGAAUUUAUGCGGGGGAAUUGGUUGGAGUUUGGAAAGUUUGGCUAUAGGAGUGAUAAGAAGGAAGCUUUCAGAUGUUAUGCUCGAUCAGCGGAAAAGGGAUUUGCUCGUGCGGAGUACAGGAUGGGGAUGCAGUACGAAAACUCUAACGAACCCAUGAAAGCGAUUAAGCACUACAAUCAUGGAGCUGCAAUGGGUGAUUCAGCUUCAAAUUAUAGACUUGGAAUGAUGACCUUAUUGGGACAGCACAGCCAAAAGCAAGAUUACGCUAGGGGUGUUCAUCUUAUCCGACUUGCAGCUCAAACAGCUGAUGAAAAUGCUCCCCAAGGGGCUUACGUUUAUGGUAUGUUGCUGGCUCGGGAAUUACCAGGGAUUGAGAUUCCAGAUCUAUUUUUGCCCCUUGAUAUUCGGCAAGCGAAGGAAAUGAUUGAGAAGGCAGCAUUCCUUGGAUUUGCACGUGCUCAACUCAAAAUGGGAACGGCAUAUGAACUGUGUCAACUUGGUUGUGAUUUUAAUCCGGCAUUGUCUCUUCACUACAAUGCAUUGGCCGCCAGGCAAGGUGAGCCUGAGGCGGAUAUGGCCAUUAGUAAAUGGUUUCUUUGCGGUCACGAAGGCGUUUUCGAGAAGAACGAAGAGUUGGCAUUUCAAUACGCCCAGAGAGCGGCAUCGGCUGGACUCGCCACAGCCGAAUUCGCACUCGGAUACUUUUAUGAAAUUGGAAUGCAUGUUCCGGCCGACCUCAAGGAAGCUCAGCUAUGGUAUGGAAAGGCUGCCGCGCAUGGAAACAAGGACGCUAGUGGGCGUAUAGAGGGUAUCUCACGAUCAAAGACCCUGUCUCGAAAGGAUCACGAGAGUGUUGCUAUAUCAAAGAUAAGAGCUCGACAUGCUUCUCAGAGGCGAGUGGUUAAUCCACUUACUCAAAGGCGCCAGUCAGUAGUUCCACCUAUUAUAAGUCCUAUUGAGGAAGCUGUAGACAUGCCUGAUCCUACUAUUCCUCCCGGUGGCAACUACAACUAUCCACCAGGGCCUCCACCAAUGCAAGAGCCUCCUCGGCCAUUGGUAAGGCAGGGUACCAUGCCUAAUGUUAAUACCAGCUUUAUUGCCCCAGAUUUAGGCCAGAGUUAUUUGAAUCCCGGCAAUGGGCCAUUUUCUGCUGUUCAGCCUCCUGUGAGGCCUGGAACUGCAGUUCCAUAUCCGGUCCGACCAGGCUCUGCGGGAUCUGGAGCUCUACCCCAUACUCGACCAAUGUCUGCGGUUGGCUACGCUAUUGGAGGCCCAGGUGCGAUUCUUCCUGCAGGGACUUACCCUGGAGGCCCGCCACGACCUUUCACUGCCAUGGAUAAUCAAGGGCGAAGGCCUCCUCCUGGAGGGAGACAACAGCAACCUUAUCCAACUGUUGACGAAUAUCCCUCACCUCAGGGUCGCCAGGGCUCGGGCUAUCCAGGGGGAUUUAAUGGAGAGCCAGUUCCUCAUAUUAAUACGCCUAAGCCAUCCCAGAUGCACGGAAACCAAGGAAUUAAACCACCCGGAACCCCCAUUGAUAUCGGAUUUGAAGCUCCUGCCCCUAGACCAAAACCAGCGAAAUCCCCUGCUCCAAGCACUAUGGGAGGGCCGAACAGGAGGAACUCUGGCGCUGCCGGGGAUAGGAGGCCUGGGAGCUCGCUUGGUCCUCAUGGUCAACACCGGCCACCGAACCAACAGGGCCCUCCAAACAAGGCGCACGGAAGCCCACAACUUGGCCCCACCCCGGGCCCCCCAUCCCCCCCAAUCAACCCUUCACUAACACCAAGGCCACCUCCGUCCAGUGCUACUCCAAAACCACAGUCUGCACCACUCCCGAAGCCACCAGGCAAAGGACCCAAGACGUUUGAAGAAAUGGGUGUUCCCCAACAGACCAAGGAACAGGAUUGUGUUAUCAUGUGAGGUGGUAAUAUGGACUAUGUAUACCCUUUUUUGCCUUUGCAUGAUAAUUACUUUCCGAUUACUUGACCUGCUCCAACUAUAAUAGGUGACUCGGUUGCGUUUAUAUGUACAUUUUAAGAGAAAAACAGUCUGGA